ACAAACUAUAAAAUCCAUUGCAAUCUGCACUUUGUUAUCACUUGUUCUAGUGCAGUAAAACUCUAAGAGGAAUACCCACACACAUACACAAGAUGAACACUUUGGGAUUAACAAUCUUUUGUGUGGCUGUAGCUGUAGCCAACGCUGGCUACUAUGGAGGUGGUGCCGUCAUUUCUGGACCUGCCGGAGUUAUUAAAGCAUCAGUUGCUCCAGGAUACGUAGCACCUGCUUUAGGCCAUGCAGCAGCUGUAGUUGCUCCAGCUGUAUCAGCCGGUUACAUUGCUGCCGGCCCCGCAGCUCCCGGCUACGUAGCUGCAGGUCCAGGAUACGUCGGUGGUGCCGUCUAUGGCCCUGGAUUCUAUGGUGCCGGGUACGGAUACUUGGCCGGUUCAGGACACGAAGGCCAAUACAUUCCCGACUACACCGAGAAGUUGUACGAUGAUGGUUCAUACAAACCCCAUCUCUAUGGACAUUAAGUCAACUGUAUCUAUGGAAUUUUUUCCGACUGACCUCAGAGAAUUAUAUUACUUCUUGUCAUUAGAAUACACCAUAUAUAAUUUAUUGUAUUUUUGAUGUAAAUUAUUUUAUUUUGGAAACAAUAAAUCUUUAUUGAACUCUA